CGGAGUUUGUUUUGGAUGGGGGGACAGCCAGGGGAAGAGAAGCAGAGAGAGCAGAGACCGUGAGAGAGUCACGUAGACGGCCAGUAGACGACCAGCAGCUGGACGGAACCACCACCAAAGCGAAGCAAAGAUGUUCUCCCAUCUCUGUCCUGACACCCUCUGGGUCGUCCUGCUCCUCCUCUGCAUCCCUGCAGCACACACAGCAAAAUGUCCACAGCAGUGCGUCUGUGAUCAGAUCCAGCUCACUGUGACCUGCAUCAACAAGAACCUGACCCAAGUUCCUCCUACUGUUGAUGAGAUCACAGUGAAAUUAGAUCUUCGAGGCAACGACAUCCAGGAACUCCCCAGCGGGGCUUUCAAACACACUCCCUACUUGACUCACCUGUCGAUGCAGCGCUGCAACAUCCGCAGGGUGAAGGAGGGGGCUUUCCGCGGCCUCGGUCGCCUGGUCUUCCUCAACCUGGCCAACAACAACAUUGACAUCCUCUACCAGGAGUCAUUCGACGGCCUGCCCUCGCUGAAGCAGCUCAUGGUCGACCGUAAUCGCGUGGAAGAGAUCCAGCCCGGAGCUUUCUCUCAGCUCGGCUUCCUCAACCUGCUCUCCCUUACACACAACCAGCUGGUCUACAUCCCCAACAUGGCCUUCCAGGGCUUGCAGAACAUCAAAUGGCUUCGACUAAGUCACAACUUAUUAAACUACCUGGACACCGAGGCCUUGGCCGGUCUGUUCACGCUCACCCGUCUCAGUCUGGACCACAACGAGCUGCAGUUCUUCCCCACGGAGACCAUGACCAGACUGCCAGAGUUGACCCGUCUUGAUCUGAGCUACAACCCGAUGACGUACCUCGGAGAGGAGGUGGUGUCCAUGGCCAAACUGACCCACCUCUUCCUGGACCACAUGUCCUUGCAGGACAUGGCCAACUCGGCUGUAUCAAAAUGCCCCAGCCUCGUCCACCUGGACAUCAGCUACAACCAGCUGCGCGUCAUCCAGCCCUUCUCUGAAGGUUCACCCAACCUGGCACGCAUCAACCUGGCUGGGAACCCCAUCUACUGCAACUGCUACCUGCGUCCAUUCAGGGAGUGGUCGAUCCGGAGCAAGGUGAAGCUGAUGGGGACAUGUGGAGGACCGGCUCAUUUUUCAGGAGAGAACCUGGAGGCUGUUCACCCUCCUGAGCUGCGCUGUCAGAGCCAGGAGGCCAUGCUGAAGGCCGAGUUCGAGGAGGCGACCAGGAACUUACCAGCGCCCACGCGAGAGCCAGAGAACAAGGUCAAGUGUCCUGUCAACUGUGUCUGCGAGGCUGAGACGCACCACUCCUCGUGUGAGAACCGCGCUCACACCAAAGUUCCUCGGGGUUUCUCUCCAGACACGCGUCUCCUCGACCUGCGCGGCAACAACUUCCACUACAUCCCUAGCAACAGUUUCCCCGGCGUCGCCCAGGUGGUGUCCUUGCAUCUCCAGCGCUGCAAGAUCGCAGAGGUGGAGGGCGGAGCUUUCAAUGGAAUGAAAGGACUGAUCUACCUGUACCUGUCGGAGAAUGACCUCACAUCCAUCAGCCCUGACGCCUUUAAAGGCCUCCCUCAGCUGACUUACCUCCACCUGGAGAAGAACCGCUUCACCGGUUUCCCCAAAGGAGCCUUCAAACUGGUGCCCAGCGUGUUGGCGCUCCAUCUGGAGAACAACUCCAUCGCCAAGCUGGAGCCGGACAUCUUGACCGGAGCCGAGGGCCUCAGGGCGCUCUACCUCACCGGGAACACCAUCGAUCACAUGUCGCCCAGGGCUCUGGACCAGGCCGGUGACCUGGAUACGCUCCACCUGGGAGGGAACAAGCUGAAGGAGGUGCCCACUGAAGCACUGAGCAAGGCGGGGAACAUCAGAGACCUGAGGCUGUCUGGGAACUCCAUUCGCUGGGUGGGGCCGAACGCUUUCCGACCAUUGGAGAGGUCACUGAAGGAGCUGUAUCUGGAUAACAUGGGACUGGAGAAGAUGUCGCAGAACUCCCUGGCAGGUCUGGGUCCAGGGUUGAGGAGUCUCUUCCUGGAGGGCAACCAGCUGGAGGAGGUGCCCAACCUCCACCCUCUCACUUCCUUGGAGGUCAUCAACUUGGCCGACAACCCUCUGAUGUGUGACUGCCCUCUGCUGCCGCUACGCAUGUGGAUUGAGAAAGUCAACCUGAAGGUACGAGCCACCUGUGCCAAUCCCCCCGAGCUGCGGGGUCGCAGGGUCAAGGACGUCCACGUCUUCAAGUCCUGUCCCGGGGGUGAGAGCCUCCCCUCCCCCCCUGCCGUCACCCCGAAGCCUGCCAAGGCGCCCAAGGCAACCAAACCCAAACCAAUGCACCUCAACGGCCUUCGGAAGGUCAAAAUGCUCAGAGCCAAAUCCAAACUUCGCAAAAGUCCGAACACAAAACCGGCGGCAGCCAAGAAAACCACCAAGACACGCAGCAUGGCCUGAAGCUGCUGCCUUUUGUACUGAUGUUUUGAGACGACCUCCUUGAGGUUAAACCAUGGAUUCAACUCUCUAGAACUGUAACCUGCUGAGGCUGUUUUCCAUCAGCCAGUUUUUGUGCAGUAUUGCCUCUUUGCUGUCUAAUCAAUAGUGUUGGAAAAAGGUCAAAAAGAUUUUCUUAAAUCCAGGGAACCUACACUGAGCACUGCCCUGCUUCACAUUCACAGCAUAAGAUACACAUUACCAGUUCCUCAAGAAGCUCCUGAGCAGCUCUGUUGGAAGUUUUAGUAUCUAAUGAAGUGAAUGACAUUCAUUAGCUUUAGUUACUUGCUCAAAAAUGAUGCAAUCUUUAUGGCUUUACGCUAGUUAUCCUUAACCACUACACCACAACAGCAGAAUGUACUGAACUAGACACCUUGAGACAACAUUCAAAUCUGCAAGUUGAGGAACAGUAUUUUUUUUUUUUUUUAAUAAAUGACUUCAUAUUUACAAGAAAGAAACACAUCUGGAUAUAAAACAGGAAAAAAUAAAACAUUACAACAAACAUUUGUCUGCUAUGUCAACCCAGAAUGACCUUCGGAGUCAUAUUUACAGGUUGGAUGUUA